AUGAGCACGGUUUCAGAACUGGUGGAAAAUUUCUGUUGGAAAUCUAAAACAAGAAGCGUGUGGAAAGAUGAACCAGAUUUACUGGAUAAUGCAAUGGCCCGUAUUCACUCUGAAGCUGCUGUCACUGACGCGAUACUUCGAAGCAAGAAUACAACAGUUCCGUCUUUGGAGAAAAUAUCAAAAACUGUGAAAUUUCUGGAACAAAAUAGCUUUUGGCGUUCAAACCCAUUUUCGUUGGUUAGUGGAGCGGAAGAUGAUCCGGCAGUGGCUCGAGCAACAAGGCGUUUGCAGAUGAAAUGUAUUCGGGACCUUUGGGAGAGCAGUGCUUGUAGAGGGAUAACAUCGGAUGACUCAUCUGUGGCUUUCGUCCAACGACAAGCUGAAUCUUCGACAGAAAUACGUGACUUUGAAGCAAGUAAGCCAAAAGUACCACGUACCGCAGAGCUCACUACUGUCGAGGCUGUGUUUCGGGAAUCAUCCUCAAGAUAUAUGCCAGCGCUGAGUCCCAAAUCCGUUAACUCCAGAGAAAAAAUUGUCACAAAUUCUUCCCCGGUGAUUUGCGAUAGAAACGAAGCCUUGCAAACCUACGCAGAGGCUGAACAGUAUCACUCUCAGCACUGA